AUGAAGACAGUGGCAAUGAAUCGCAUCAAUGUACCUAUUGUUUAUGGAAGUUCACACGCCGGGAUUCCUUACGCAAACACUGGAAAUCAUGUCUCCUGCGAAAGGCUAUGGGCCAUUCUGUCCCGAAUCCAGAGGUGCGAGGGAGAAAACGACGAGCCUGUGACCAAUGUGCAGUGGACUAUGGAUUCUUCUUCUUCUACGGAAAUGCUUCACCGUUUGGCAGAGGCUGACGGUGCACUUAUGACAACUGUUAAGCCAACGUUGUCCAUGUCACUGCCACUGUCCCCAUUCACCCUAACACCACUUACACCUAUUCCGAUUCCCCUCAACUAUUCAUGCUUUGUUUCGCAGCAAAGAGGUAGAGGAUUCUCCUAUCAAGCUUUUGAAACCGAGCGCUUUGAGUUUCUCCUUAAUUUCACCUCACACGACGGUCUCGACAUCUCAUUUAACUUCCUAACUUCUGCGGAGAAAGGGACCGACAACUGGUAUUCUGAUAAUUUGCUGACUAUUGAUGAUUUGUUGGUCGUGGAUUACGAAACCAGUAACAAGCAGAUAAAGGAACCCCUAGAGAGAAGUCGAGCAAGCAGAACGAUGGAAUGGCUGUUUGAUCCUCUUCUGUCUCAAACAAAGGCAAUAUGCGAAAAACUGCUCAACUUACCUGGCAUUAACGAAAUUGCAGCAGGCAACCAUGCUCAAUCUUUAGAAGAACAAUGUCUCGAGUUUUUCAAUCCACCGAACCUGCGCAGGCUGCUAGAUACGUAUUGGAAAAGGUGGCAUCGGAACUGCCCAGUUAUUCACACACCCAGUUUCGACCCUUCUCAAGCCCCUGCAGAAUUAGUUCUGGUCAUUGUACUCAUUGGUGCUUGUGUUUCUAAGUAUCCUGGAGACGCCCAAAAUGCCCGCACAUGGUUGGAACCUGCCGAGAGACUCGUAUUUGCGCUACCAUGGCUAUCGCGAGAAACUCAGAGCGACCAACCAAACCUCGCCUUGACACGAUACACAAAACUGAGAAUACUGCAAACGGCCAUACUGAUGUGUGCUUUGCAAACCUGGGAAGGGUCAUCUAAGGCGAAAGAAAGGAUCAGAAAGCUUCGAUAUCCCUAUGUCGCCCAAGCCUCUCAAGAGCUGGCAUACUCUCGGGUGGGUGAACAGAUAGGUUCGGAUUUAGCAGCAACGUUACGAUACUGGGAUGAGUUUAUUCUCGAAGAGCAGUUACUUCGUACUAAAUCCUACAUCUUUGUCCUUGACACAGCCUUUACUAUCUUUCAUAGUAUACCUCCUCGUAUUACCGUUCCUGAUUUAGACUUUCCGUUUCCAUAUCCGGAUGUCUGCUUCCAUGCUCAUACAGGUUAUGAAUUCUUUGAAUCAGUGCAGCAGAUCUGCCCUAAUUAUCCUAUAACAAGAGAGACACGGAUACAUAGGGUGAUUCAGAUGCUAUGCGACACGACAAGUUCAACUUUAUAUAGCCACUUGCUAGAAAUCACGGAUCUGGGUGGUUUUAUUCUGAUUUCAGGUAUGGUUAUCUCCAGAGUGAACAAUACUACUCUUAUCAGCUGGGUCAACUACUUACUUGUAUCCUUCUCAGCGAUACAUUCCAUCAUAUUCUGUCAACAAAUCUCCUGCUUCUCUUCGCAGGAUACAAUUAUGCCACUCUUUUACUCCCUAGAGAAAUGGCUAUCGUUGUGGAAUAAGCGUAUCAGCCCGUCUCAGCUGGGCUCCGAAGCUCGCGCACUAAUAGAUCGUGAUGAAUCUGUGGUUUACACAAGCUUCGUACGGCACUCUCGCGAGUACUACACGCUGGCAUUGGCAAAAUUAGAAAUGAUUGACAAGUUACACAGUGCUGGACAAAUAUCUCAAGUAGCCGACGCUGAUAAAGGGAGUGUGAAACAGUUGAUCUCCUAUGUGAAGGGAGCAUGGCCAUCUCGCACUGGGACCGCCGCUGCUAGUGUUGUCUAA